CUUUUUAAAGUGUUUUGGGCAUGAGUCAAUUUUCAGCUGAUGCUGAUGCUGUGACGUCACGGAGGAGAGCCGAUGGACUGGAGGAGGAGAGAUGCGAAAAACAGGGGAAGACCGGAGGAGCACGAUAAAAGCUGAGACAUUACUGUGCCAGAAAGCACGGAAAAACAUGAGACCUUAAACAGCAGCGUUAACACGAUGCGUCCUUCCGUCUGCUGUUGGCAAACCAGAAAUGCGUGAAGAGCAUCCCGGAUAAAGUGUGAGCAGAAUGUCAUCUCCUGGAAUGGGCACCUCGAGCGACCCCCUGUUGUCCAGUCCUGUAGGGGGGAAGUUCGGGAUUGCCCAGCAAGGCACCUGGAGAGCCACUCUGUCCAAAACGUCCAGUUUCCCAUCGUCCACCACACGGCACCUCAGUCACAGAGCCAACAACUUCCAGAGGCACCCGAAGCGACGGAAACUGAUCAGGCCGUCUCCACCACCACCGCCGAACACACCGUGUCCCCUGGAACAGCUCGACCUGAGCGAACUUCCUCCGAGACGCACUUGCCCCGAGCUUCUCUUGAAUGGCUGCAUUUUGUUUGGGAUCGAGUUCAGCUACGCAAUGGAAACGGCGUAUGUCACACCUGUGUUACUUCAGAUGGGGCUGCCCGACCAGUUCUACAGUCUAGUGUGGUUCAUCAGUCCAAUUUUAGGGUUCCUUCUGCAACCAUUUCUUGGGGCAUGGAGUGACCGGUGUACAUCUCGCUUUGGCCGCAGGAGACCGUUUAUUUUUGCCCUGGCGAUAGGGGCUCUGCUGGGUCUAACACUGGUGCUGAAUGGACGGGACAUUGGAUCGGCUGUGGCGGACACCACCCUCGAUCACAAGUGGGGCAUCGUGCUGACGGUGUGCGGCGUGGUUCUGAUGGACUUCAGUGCCGACUCAGCUGACAACCCCAGUCAUGCAUACAUGAUGGAUGUGUGUAGCCCAGAGGACCAAGACCGAGGCCUGAAUAUGCACGCUCUUCUGGCAGGUCUUGGCGGCGGCUUCGGCUACAUUGUGGGUGGCAUUAACUGGGAUAAAACUGAGUUCGGAAGGUCAAUGGGUGGCCAGCUCCGGGUCAUAUACCUGUUCACCAGCAUCACCCUCACUGUCGCCACAGCCAUGACCCUCACCAGCAUCCCUGAGCGACCUCUGCCCCAGUCCCAGCCUCAAACCAGAAGCUCCCAAAUCCUCAAGAGCCCCAAUCUUCCUCUGCCGCCCUCCCCACCUCCUCCUCCUGGAACUGCUUUGGACCAGGACGAUGAGGAGGAAGAGGAAGCCCUCUAUAACAGCCAGUUCUCCAAUCGCCAUUACCAGGAUCUACUGGGUCGCUCCAGCAGUGCCAACGCACGUCUCUACGCAGGCCUCACCAGCCCGAUUUCCCCUCUGAGUCCUCUGACACCCAAAUACGGCAGCUUCAUCAGUCGGGAUAACUCUCUCACUGGCAUUAAUGAGUUUGCUUCCUCCUUAGGCAACUCUUAUAUAGACAGAGUAUUGAUUGAAUGCUACACUGGGCAGCAGACUCCAUUAGAACCCGAGGCAGUGGCUCCGCCCCUUCCACCAAGGGACACACCCCCUCCUCUUCAAAGCGAAACACCUACCACAUAUGAAGUUUCACAGCAAAACAAACUCUCGCAGCCUAAUGGACAGUUGCUGGCGACUGAGGAGUUGCGAGCUAGUGAGCAAAAGCCAGCCAUUGAACCCGCUGUGCAGCCUAAUGAUGUCCAGCAGGCUGCGUCUGGAUCACAGAGAGGCAGUACCUCAGGGAUACUGAAGCGCCCCCAGAGUCUGGCCUUAAUGGAGGACCAGCUAAAUGCUCCAAGUGGCGGUUUGGACAACGGCCGUAGGCGUACUGUCACCUUCAGUCAACAGGUGGCAAAUAUAUUGCUGAAUGGCAUGCAUUAUGACAGUGAUCUCAGCAGCACCCAUGAAGCAGCAGACUCUCAAAUGUCAAUAAAGCUGCUCUGUACUGCCAUCUACAGGAUGCCUCCAUGUUUACGAAGUCUGUGCACCAACCAUUUCCUAGGUUGGUUAUCGUUUGAGGGGAUGCUGCUCUUCUACACUGACUUUAUGGGGGAGGUUGUGUUUGGGGGCGACCCAAAGGCCCACCACGAUUCAGAGGAGUACAAGCGCUACAAUUCAGGCGUCAGCAUGGGCUGCUGGGGGAUGUGCAUCUAUGCAUUUAGUGCUGCUUUUUAUUCAGCCAUUCUUGAGAAGCUGGAGGAGCGGUUCUCAUUACGUUCUCUGUAUUUUUUCGCCUACCUGGCCUUCGGUUUGGGCACAGGACUGGCCACUCUCUCCACCAACCUGUACGUGUUGCUGUCUCUCUGCGUCACCUACGGCGUUCUCUUCUCUUCUCUCUGUACGCUGCCUUACUCUCUGCUCUGUGAAUACUACCAGAGCCCACAGUUCUGCGGCUCAUCAGAGGACGGGACCAGGCGUGGUAUGGGGGUGGACAUCUCCCUGCUCAGCUGCCAGUACUUCCUGGCACAGAUCCUGGUUUCGGUGGCGAUGGGCCCUCUGACAUCGCUGGUGGGAGGGGCCCAGGGCGUGAUGUACUUUUCGAGUCUGAUGUCAUUUGUGGGGUGCCUGUACUCCUCACUGUGUGUGGUGUACCAUCUGCCUCCACCCGAGGGUGAGCCUCCCCAGAGUGAGACGCAGCCACUGCUGGUGCACAUUUAGACCUGAUCUCUCACACACCGGGUCCAAAAUUAACAAUCUAGAAGCAGAACACAGUUGUUUGGUAACUUUGUUUAAUUACAACAUGAAUUAAAUCACAGUGUAAAAAGCUCCUUGAUAUCUGGGAAUCAAAUCAAAGAAAUUCAAACAGUCCAGUGACUGCCAUGCAUCUUCAAACAACUUUUUCUGUAGUGGAAAACUUCAUUGGAUGUUUAUAGGAAACCCUUUUUUUUGACAAAUUUGAACAAACCUAAAUUUUGAGGAGCAGUAUCAUAAUGUACUUUUUUUUUUAAUUACACAAAUAUAGAAAGGUAAAACAGUUAAAUAAUUCCUUUUUCAAAAGUACAACAGAUAUACACACACUAGGGCCCAUAAGUCCGAGACAAAAUUGGAAUCAAAGUUUUUUCAUGGAAAACACAGAAAUGGAAAGAAUUCAUAAUGCAAAAAUAAAUUUAUAACAUGAAGGAUGAUACAUUUUUUUUUGAAAAAAAAAAAAUCUAAUUCAGUUUAUGCAAAUUAGGCAAUUGGUAAUGAUUUUUGUUGUUUUAAUAAAAUAAAUAAAUAAAUUAUAGCAACUUCUGGACCCUAGUGUAUACUAAAUUUACUAGUAGUUAUAGGUAAAAGUUAAUUUUGGACCCUGUACACACACACACACACACAGCCAAACAGCUCAGACUCCUUGCGCUUGCUCCUACGCACUACUGGAGAUGUGAGAGAGGGUAAAAGAGCUGUGAUUCUGACUGUGCAUCUCACUCAGAUUUCUAAACAUAAGCAUGCUGCAACAGUGACUGCAUGACAGCAAGCUUGUGUUGUGUGUGUGUGUGUGUGUGUGUGUGUGUGUGAGAGAGAGAGAGAGAGAGAGAGAGAAAGUGUGUUUGUGUACAUGUGAUGCCUGACUACUUUCACUUGGCUUGUACAUAAUGUGAAAUGUUUUUUUUUUUUUUUACUAUCAACUCCUCAUGAAGGAAGAAGCCAAAACUGUUUAUAGCUCCCUGAACACUCUUUCUGUGGUUCAUUGCUUCUAAUAAAAGUAAACCCCUCUCACAUAUCCAAAGCAAAUGUAUCCUGUCAGUGAACUGUUUGAAGAUCUGUCGGUUUGUUUGCAUGUAAAGCCACAUUGAUGCCUUAUUGUAGGCCUCUGUUUCGAACUGUACCGCAGUAAAACAGAGAACGUG